ACGAAAGCAGGAGGAGCGCAGGUGCACAGGCUGGAAACUGCAUCCAAACCACACCAAAUAAACCUGCCGUUACGAUGGCUUCCGCGAAUGAUGCUCGGUAUGGACAAAAAGACUCUGCAGAACAGAACUUUGACUACAUGUUUAAGAUCCUGAUCAUUGGUAACAGCAGUGUUGGCAAAACCAGUUUCCUGUUCCGUUAUGCCGAUGACUCCUUCACACCUGCUUUUGUCAGCACUGUCGGCAUAGACUUCAAAGUCAAGACCAUCUAUAGGAACGACAAGAGGAUAAAGCUUCAAAUAUGGGACACUGCUGGGCAGGAGAGGUACAGGACCAUCACCACAGCUUACUAUCGCGGAGCAAUGGGCUUCAUUCUUAUGUAUGACAUCACCAACGAGGAUUCCUUUAAUGCUGUUCAGGACUGGUCCACACAGAUUAAGACGUAUUCAUGGGACAAUGCUCAAGUGCUGCUGGUGGGAAAUAAGUGUGAUAUGGAAGACGAGAGGGUUGUUGCUGGAGAGAGAGGAAGACAGUUGUCCGAACAGCUAGGCUUUGAGUUUUUUGAAACCAGUGCCAAGGACAAUAUAAACGUGAAGCAGACAUUUGAGCGUCUGGUGGACGUAAUCUGUGAGAGAAUGUCAGAGAACCUGGAGUCAGCAGAUCCAUCCAUGACUGGAAACAAGCAGGGUCCUGAGCUCUCGGAGCAACCGCAGCGCUCGCACACAGACUGCGCUUGCUAACCGGAAUCACUCGCAAACGCAGACUGAACAAUGGAAAGCUUUGGUAAGAGAAGAGCUGAUGAGAUGCAGAGAGCCUGUCUUUUUCUGCCAGCAUCUUUAUACCAGAUUUUGAAUGAUUACAAGUCGAUUUAGGGUCUAAUGAAUUCCAACGUGAAAUCGGGUGAAUGACAAUUUGUGGUCCAAAUUCACAUAAAUAUCCUCAGUUUGUUGGCAAGACAUAUUCAAUUCUUUUCUAAACAGACAAUUACAGCUUUACGAUCAGACUUUAGUGUGGAAAACAUCAGCAUGAAGGCUCAUGAUCGAUUAAAUCUUAAACUUGAACUAUCCGUAAAGUACUGUUUCACUCUUUUAUGAAAGUAAAGAGUGAAUACCGAAGUCGCACUAAUUCAUUUGCUCCCUAUCACUUUUAAAUAACAGCAGGUGUAUUUUAUUAUACAUAUUAUAUUAUAUAAGUAAAAUGCUAUAUGUGUCAUAAUCAAUGUUAUUAGGAAAAAAUAAUUACCAUGUGCUUAAAUGCUACUUGUUUUGUAAAAUGAAGAAAUUAUUGUUAUUAUUAUUAUCAUUAUUAUUAUUAUUAUUAUUACUGAAUUUAAGUCACAUGAUCAGUCUUGUUUAGUCCAGUUCAUCCACAUACUGAUGAUUAUUUUACCACAUGUAUGAGUGUCUGUGUGCAUGUUAGUAUGCCAUCCUAGUAUAGAUAUUUUGUUUACAAGAAUAGAUAGGGGGUUUAUUAUCAUUCUACUGGCUGAAAGCAAAAGCAUCAUCAAGGAAUGAGUUAUUGGGCUUUAAGUGUGUAUUUUGAAGAAACAGUAAUAUUAAAAACUAAUGUUAUUUGCUUUAAGUGCUCAUUUUGGCAUCAGAAACAAAUCCUGCAAAGAUAUUAAGAUAAUUUACUGAAAAUGCAUCACUGAUUAAUCACUUGUUAGUGAACACGAUACUGUUGUUAAUUAUGUUACGAUUAAGCGUUAAUUUACUGAUUUAUUUAUUGCAUAUUUAUUUUCAUGCAUUUUAUUGGCGUAUGACUUCUGUUUUCGAUCAAGAGAGCUACUGCUAUUCUUACAGAAUAGGCUUAGAUCCCUGAAAUGUCUCACUUUUAGAGUUUUAUAUACAGAAGGAUGCAGUGAAUGUAUGAACCUCCUGUGUUAUGUGAUUUUUUUUCCCCCCUAUGCAAUGCAGAAGAUUUCUCAUACCAAAUAGUAACUAUAAAUGCAGGGACACUGUUUGUAAUGUGCAAAAUUUAUCAUUUCUACCUUUUAUUUAUAUCCUGUUUACGGUCCGUCUAAAACAAAGGAAUUAACUUUUUUUUAUACAGAGACAUAAUUUGACACAUUAGAAAGCUUUAGAUGUUGGAGUUGGAGGACUAGUAGAUUUGGUUUUGAUACUCUUUUUGUAGUUUGUCAUUUUGAGUUGUACAAUAGUUCUGCUACUGUUUCUGCACUAUGACGGAUGUCAUUUUUAAGAAAUGGCUCACAGGUUUUAAGUGUGGUACAUCAUAUAAUGCUGUUUUUCACUCUUGGACAGAAUGAUUAAAAUAAUCCACUACACUAGCAACGGAUAUGCGCAGGACACUUAAUGUUACGAGUUUUAUUCCAAAUGAAAUGGCCACAUGCAUCUGUUUGAGUUCAAUAAAAGCUUUG